CAUCAAGUUUGCAAAGUUUUUUUUUCGCGGAAAGUUUCUCCGGAUGUUGAGAGUGAGUGUUUCCGGUACGCGUGGCCGCUCCUGUGACAGCUGCUGCGCGAGAGUAGACGAGCCAAGAUGAUCUCCCUUACCGACUCCCAGAAAAUUGGAAUGGGCCUAACAGGAUUUGGGGUAUUUUUUCUGUUCUUUGGGAUGAUCCUGUUUUUUGAUAAAGCCCUUCUUGCCAUAGGAAACAUCCUGUUUGUUGUCGGCCUGUCAUUCGUAAUCGGGCUGGAGAGGACGUUCAGGUUCUUCUUUCAGAAGCACAAAAUGAAAGCCACCAUCUUCUUCUUAGGAGGCGUCUUGGUGGUGCUGAUCGGAUGGCCCAUCGUCGGAGUCGUUCUUGAGUUUUAUGGCUUCUUUCUUCUAUUCAGGGGAUUCUUUCCAGUGGUCGUAGGCUUCAUCAGGAGGAUUCCUGUACUGGGAUAUUUGCUCAACCUUCCCUUCAUUAGUGGGCCUUCCUAAGGCUGAGCGGACAGACAGCCAUCUUGUACGUGGACAAAAUGAGUGAAAGCAACAACAUGGUUUAACAGACUCUUUUUUACCACUUAUUUAUGAUGGAUUUUCUAAAGCUUUAUCUUGAAACAGCCAUGUGAAGUAUAGAGCUCGUAUAACCGAAGCUUUAUAUUCAGGACGUCUGAGUGAUAUUUACAUCAACGAGAAGCAAACUGUGCUGCGUGGAAGAGAAGCCACACUUUCGCCUGCCAGACAAAGCAAAGCAAUCUAUAGACUGCAUCACAACACUCAGCAUCACUGCAUCCCAGAAGAACUUUGCCCUAUUUUAUAAACGCAAACUUCAUGAAGACGUUAAUGGAUGCCCUCCCAUGAAUGUUGAAUGUGUAGAAGAGACUGUACUCUGUUACAACAAUGGCCUUGUUACAUGGUUGUGUCUAUAGUUGUAUUUUAAAGCUGGAGGAGAACUGGAUGACUCUAAUUUCUUGAUUUUCUAUCACAAGUGUGAUAUUUACACUUUCUUAUAAAAUUAAACUGUUACUACUUA